AUGGUAUUGUUUUCAGUUUUGAAAGAUGACGACAAUGAUGAUGAAAAUAAUAAUGAUAAUAACAGAAAGGCCAAAUUUGGAGUCGCCUACUUGAAUACCAAAUCAAAUGAGGAGCCUUCCAAUAUAUCAAAGAUCGUCGUCUCUGAAUACGAAAGCAGUAACCAGUUGAGAGAUAGGAUAAAGUUGUUGUGGCCGAAUAUCAACCAGCAUGUCUUUGGCUACUUCUAUAGUCCAAUUAAUAUCGUCUGUUUCAAAGACAAUGAGGAUGGCUCAUCUACAGCCGAGUCGGUACUCUUCGAAACUGUUGCAUCAGGCUGCUACCAGGGUAGGCCAUUGUUUUUGACCUAUCAUGGCUCUUUGGUCACUGUCGAAGAUGCCGUUGCUGUAGCCAAUCAGAGUAUCGCCGAGUCUUUGAUGAAAAGUAAAGCCUUCUGCAAUCUUGAUACUUCGAUCGUAGGCUCCGCCUCCCUCGAUCAGAUCAGCCAAUUGUAUUCCAGCGAUGACCUACUGAGCAAGUUCAAGGCCAUAUUUAUAAAUAGCAUGAUCUCCAAUAAUAGUUUAAACAACACAAAGAUAACUUCUGAGACAAUCCUCUCGCAAUUAUUCCCCGACUGCAAGACUGUCCCCAAAAAAAGACAGCAAAUAAGAGAGCUCGUCGUCGAGUUGAGUCUUCAGAUGAUUGACGAUUUUCCCAAAUCUGAUCCAAGAUGGCGCGAGAAUAUGUCCAAUGUUAAUGAUGUCACUAAGUUGUCGAGUGGCUCGGUUAUAUUAGGGAAUCAACUGCACGACAAAAUGGUCGGACACCAAUCCUUCAUUAAGUUUCUAAAAACUUCAGGAUUGUGGAGUUUGCUGUCCAAAGAUGAUGAUGAUGAUAACGCCACAGAUGAUGAUGAUGAUGGUGAUGUUAUGAAUGAUGAUGACGACGACGACGAUGAUGAUGAUAGUGCCAGAUCUGUACUGCUGGAACAUGCGCAAAAACUGGUAUUCAUAAUUACCCUGAGGGAGUUACACGUUACGACCAAUGACGUCAUAGAUCAGGCCAUAGAUAUAUGCCUGACCAAUCGCAGAGGUCAAAGAAGUUCGAAAAGUUUCACUCUGACUCCUGUCGACUUGUUCUAUAGGGAGGUUUCGAAGGUUCAUGAAAUCUUCAAAGCAAUCACGAUGGCAGAGGAUGAAUUCGUCAAGUCAUCGGGUGCGGAGGAUGGCGGCAAUGAGCAGUGCCUGAAUUUCGUCGAUACGGCCACUAAUAUCUUCAAAACGUUACUAGAGAAAGUGUUUCAAAUGAGUAGUAACAGCAGCAGCAGCAGUAGGAAAGCCACGGACGGCACCACCAUCGCUACAGCCACCACAAACAAAAUAUUUGGUAGCAGCAGUAACAGUAUUAGUAAUAGUAGUAAUAAAAAAAAGAAUAAUAAAAAGUUAAAGAUUCCUUGGACCGCAGUUGAAUAUGAGCAGUACGAGCGAGCGAUGUCAUUGGCUGAGAAAUAUUAUGACCACGCCCUUCUCGUCAAGAUCUGCGAUCUGAUUGGUGAUGACGUCAGGCUGGAUGAGUACAUGGAGAGAUUUGCCGAUCAGGGUUUUCCAGAAGCUGCAUUCAAAUGGUUUUGUGAAACAGGUAAAAAGAGUAAAUUAUUCGGGGAGAGCAUGCUUUCGAACCCGAGACUGAAGCCAUUCAUGGACGAACCGGAGAAUAAACAUUUUAGCUGGGUCUACUAUGCGAAAAUAAAAAAUUACGAGAGGGCCCAUGAAUUAACAUUUGAACUGGCCUGCCAGGAGAAAGAUAAUGUAGCCAAGAAAAAGACUUUGUUCAGUUUUGCGAAGUUAUAUGCAACUCUGAUUCUCGGAAAUCCAAAGACUCCAAAUAAGGAUGAUGAUAUCGCUGAUGAUGAUGAUGAUGACGACGACGACGAAGGCGAUGAUGAUUAUGUAAUCGAGAACAACCUGGAUCUUAUACUUCACCAGGAACAACUGUUUGAAAAUAAUUUCGUCAAAGAGUACUUAUCGCUGGAUGGCUGCCAGGAUGUCAUCAGAGUUUACAGCCCGGUCGAUUUAAUAGAAUUACUCGUAAGCAGUAGGAAUGUGGAAGCGGACGAGUUUGAUUUCAAGAAGGCGUUGGAUCUGUUGAAAUAUUGCUCGAACGACGAUCCGGAUAGGAGGAAAGAUGAUAUCAUGGUUGAUAUAUGGAGCAAGGCUAUAUUGAAAAAAGGCUGGCCAAUAGAAGAGCUCCUACCAACUUCAGAGGAAUUACUCUCUCAGACUAACACGCGAUUGGCCGAUCUCUCGACCAAUCCUGAGUUCCGUUGUAAAGUAAUGAUGGCCUAUGAAUACAUCGGGAAAUAUUAUGCCGGCGGGAAUAUUCUUACAGAAAUUUCGUGAAAUGAUUUGUAAUAAUAAUAAUAAUAAUAAUAACAAUUUCUAUCAUUAUUAUUUUAUUAUUAUUAUUGAUUUUAUUGAUUUGGUAAGUGGUCUGCCAUGAGGUAAGAUGUUCUUACUGAAAGACAUCUCUACUACUACUACUCAAUUACAUCUGACCCAUUCAUAGCUUUAAUAAUAACACUAUCAUUAUUGUUGUUAUUAUUAGUGUUAUUAUUAUUAUUAGUGUUAUUAUUUUGGAUAAUUUAUGUAGCGCAAUUUAAUAGAACCCGAUGCGACGAUAUUUAGAAAGCAAGGAAUUAUUGAAACGACAAAAUUUAUUUAACGAUGAAAAAAAAUAUAUAUAGAUACAUAUUGCAA